CUUGAACUGUCAGAAUAACCUUGACUUCUAGAAAUUUUACUUUUCUUUUUCCUUCGAGACUCGGACUGCAACGCAUCAAUUUGAUUGCAGGCAACUUUAAAAUUGGCGAAUAAAAAUAUCGGACGAAUGUAAAAUGGAAGUCGAUGAGGGUGUGCCAAUGAACAGCACAAUGCCACGUUUUGUGGUGAAGAAGUGGAACGCCAUGGCCACAUGGCGCUGGGACGUUGACGUCGAAAUUUGUGCUAUUUGCCGUAACAAAACUUACAACGUUUGCAUCGAGUGCCAGGCCAGUGAAGAAGAGAUCGAGCCCGACCAGUGCAACGUUGUUACGGGUGCAUGCCAGCAUGUCUACCACUACCACUGCAUCUCGCGCUGGCUGCGGGAACGUAAUGUGUGCCCCUUGGACAACAAGAAGUGGGAUUACCUGCAAUACGGACGCUAAUUUCCACACCGCUGCUGCUGAGGACAAGUUAUCCACGACCUAAUUACAAUAAAAACAAUGUACCUAACCUAACCUAUA